AUGGUUUUCGGUAAGCGAUAUCUGAGACUGCUUUCACUAAUGCUCCUUUUCUUGUCCCUAUUUGGCCUGAGUUUAUUCCGCCAGAUUUGGACCUCAGGUGAGCAAUCCAAAGCUGUGCUAAAGUCUCUUCUUGAGGCACAGCUGGCGGAAAGUGCUACCGGCUCAAGUGCGUUCGAAGAUUCCUGUUUCGAGUACUUCAGACUCCUCGCGUCAAUCGAUAGCGAAUGGGACGUACGCAGAUUCGGAGAUUCACACACAUCAUUCUUUUCCAGACGACAGGUAGUUGAUUCUGUGCGUCAUAUGAGAGUUUUUGGUCACUGCUUCAUUGAGAAUUCAUCGCCUCAUCGAGACUUGAACAUCAAAGAGAUUGAAGCUAAGGUGUUUCCAAUUUUUACGAGCACAAUCCCAAGUUUUAAAAGAUGGGACGGAGUGGUAGUUGAAGGCCUUCCAUUGAAAGAUGGAGCAUCAAACAGCAACAAGCCAAGAUCGUCUCAUGAAUCGCUCUGGAGGCAUAUCGUAAACAACAUGAACGGUCGGGGCAUAGUUAUGAGUGUGGGAGAAAGUGGCGUUUCUGAAGCUAAGCGGCUGCUCAGAGUACUGCAAACGCUUGAAAACGAUUUGCCUAUUCAAGUGGUGCACAAAGGAGACCUGACCGAUGAUUCCAUGCAGGAACUUGUCAAAGUCGCAAGAAGUCCAAUCAGAGUUCAAAUGCAUGAUAAAAGUGACAACAUGGAACACCUGCAAGAGAUAUGGUUUGUGGACGCAAAGAAAUCGAUUAAAAGCGAAUUCUUGCAUUUGUUUGAGAGAUUUUCUAACAAGUGGAUUGCUUCUUUGUUCAACUCGUUUGAGGAGAUGAUUCUUUUGGACACUGAUACGGUGCCAUUUGUGAGGCCGAGCUCUCUCUUCCGCACCCGCGAAUACAAAAGAACUGGCGCCUUUUUUUUUAGGGAUAGGCUUAUAGAAGAAUAUGUUAAGCGCGGCGACUUGAAGUUUUUCAAAUCCUUGUUGCCCUCCAAAACUGAAACCUUGUUCUUCAACUUUGAAGCUGCUGAGGAUGCGAUUAAAAAAAAUGACUUCUUCCGAUUUGGUUAUAAGCAUAUAAUGGAAAGCGGAGUGGUUGUCUUAAGGAGAAGAGAUCAUAUGCCUGGUCUUCUUAUCUCUACCGCCUUGAACUUAUGGAAAGAAACAAAUGAAACUUUUUACGGUGAUAAGGAGCUUUUCUGGCUAGGUCAGUCCAUUGCUGGUAAAAGCCAAUAUGAUUUCAAUAAACAUCCAGCAGGAGCCGUGGGUAUUCUGGCGCAAUAUGGGAAUAACAAGAUCACAUACACAUGUUCGACUCAACCGGGUCAUUUUGAUGAAAGCAACAAGCUUUUGUGGCUUAAUGGCGGGGCGAAAUUUUGCAAGAAACCCUUCUGGGACUUUGAUUUCUCAAGGCACAAGUCGCUCCGAAAAACAUACAAGACGGCCGAAAACCUAAGAGGGCAUUAUGAGUCGCCAAUAGAUGCAAACGGUGCCGUUAUUCCAGCUAGGUCAGAUUUAUCGCUGCUUCACAAAAUGCUAGGAGUGAAGAGUGGCUUUCGCAAGUGUGAGAAAAUGGGAUGUGUUGGUUAUGUUUGGUGUGCGUAUAAUCGCUCGGACCGCGCGACGGGGGUAACCUUAGAAUUUACACAGGAAGAAAUCAGGCACUUUAAGUUCAUUGUGAGCGUAUGGAACUCAGAGUGA